AUGAAUUUCCCCACCUCUACCACCCCAAAAAGACGUCCUAAACCCAAAAGCCACUACCUUCGCUCUCAAAAGCAACUUUUGCCACAUAAGAGAGGACUUAGGAAUCUGAAUGCGACUCCGAAGAGAAUUAGGUUUGAUGUCAAGAUUUUGGGCCUGAGUGAAGAUUUGCAAGAAGGAGAGGAGGGGUUGAGGGGAAGGGUGAAGGGGAAGAAAAGGAGAAGACCGAGGUCGUAUAAGGGUGUACCUGAGGGGUAUAAGUUGAGUAUGGGAGUUUUGGUGAAAGAUUUAGAGCAAAGGUUUCCUUUGAGGAAUGGAAAAGGGCCCUCAGGAUUCUCGCAAGGAGAUUUUUAUAAGGAUCUGGAGGAAAAGAUAACAGAUGAGAUUUAUAGAAUCGAGAAUGAGGAUGGGUAUAAGAACAAGUUUGAAUCACGUAUGAGGUAUUUGAACAAAAAGAAAUACAAAAGAGAGGUAAAAGCUAAGAAAGUGAGGUCUAAACUCCUUCGACAUAACAAAGAAAUGGCAAAGAACUGGAGUCAGAUAAAGAAAGAAGUUCAGAGCCCAGCUCAUUCAGGAACACCUAUGAACAAGAGAUUUUAUUCUUCCACUCAAAGCUUUAAGAUUAAGAGGUCUUUAUCUAAGAAACCUUCAAGGAGGUAUGGAAAGCCCCCAAUUCCUAAAAAGAGUGUUACGAAAUCUUUCAAAGAUUAUACCCUUUUUCUCUAA